AGACGGAAGUUAUUGAAAGUACGAGGUGACCUGAACGCGGCGCAGAGAUAAACAGAAGUGCAUGAUGCAGGCAGUGGAGGUUAUCGGCGUUAGUUACCAAAGUCUUCGCAAACGUAACAUUUAUUUGAAGUAAACGCGUCCUGUGUGCUGCACUUUUUGUGUGGGUACCCACCUCGAGGGAUUUAUAGGAAGUGUUGACAUAUGCACUGAACUUUGCUCCCCUGUCCCCGUCCCUGUCCCUGUCACUCAGUCACCAUGGCCUCCUACAAGCGGCUGAACCCGGAGGAUGUCCAGUUUUCCAGUGAAGUUUUCUCGGGGGAGCCUCGUUCCCGUGUUCCGGCGCUGGAUCCAGAGGAGGCCUCCUUGCUUCCACGUUUGCCGUCAUGCUCCAUCACCAAGGGUCUCCUGGUGAUCGGCUGCCUGCUGCUGAUCCUGUUUGGGGGCUGGCUCCUGGGCACCAUGUUCUGGCUCCACGGCACCCCCAGCCAACAGCCUCCACCGCUGCCGGGUGCCAGACCGAUGCCGGGCUCUAACGUGCAAGUGAACGACACCGUCGCCGCCGCCCGCAGAGAGGCCUGCGGCCUGAUCCCCGAGGCGUGGAGGUUCGACUGCUAUCCCGAGAGAGGCGCGGUCGUGACCCGGGAGUUGUGCGAGGCGAGGAACUGCUGCUUCAUCCCCGCGUCCACGGCUUCCUCUUCGGCCGCUCGGCCGUCAGGGAAAAACGGAAUCCCUUGGUGUUUCUAUCCCCCGGGCUUCCCGUCCUACUCGCUCGUGUCACUAAAUGACACAUUGCUGGGGCAGAAAGGUACGCUUGUUAAGGAGGAGAAGACUUAUUACCCCGGAGACAUACUCACUGUUGAGGUGGACGUACGUCACGAGACGGACAAUCGGCUUCGCGUCAGGAUAACGGACCCUUCAGCUUCACGUUUCGAGGUCCCCAUCUCUGUCCCCAACGUCACCGAGAAGGCACAAAGCCCCGAGUACAUAGUGGAGCUUUCAAAGCAGCCGUUUGGUCUGGUUGUGAAGAGGCGCUCCACAGGAACGGUGCUUCUGAACACGACCGUGGGGCCGCUCUUCUACGCGGAUCAGUUCCUCCAGUUCUCCACCUCCCUGGCCAGUCAGUUCAUCUACGGCCUGGGGGAGCACCGCUCCAACUUUCUGCAUGACGUCCACUGGAACACACUCACCAUGUGGGCCAGGGACGUUCCUCCCACGGAAAAGACGAACCUGUAUGGGGUCCAUCCGUUUUAUCUGGCGAUGGAGGACGGAGGGAAUGCUCACGGCUUCUUCCUGCUGAACAGCAAUGCCAUGGAUGUGGCCCUCCAGCCGGCCCCGGCCCUCACGUGGCGAACCAUCGGUGGAAUCCUCGACUUUUAUGUUUUCCUCGGCCCCGACCCCGGUUCAGUGAUUGAACAAUACGUGGAAGUCAUAGGAUACCCAGCGAUGCCGAUCUACUGGGCUCUGGGAUACCAUCUCUGUCGCUGGGGCUACAACACCAGUAAUUCUACCUGGGAGGUUGUCAAGAGCAUGAGGAAUUAUAGUAUACCCCAGGACGUCCAGUGGAACGACAUCGACUACAUGCAACAAUACAUGGACUUCACCUUUGACUCUGCAAGGUUCGACACACUGCCAGACCUGGUCAGGGACCUGCACACUCACAACCAACGCUACGUCAUGAUCCUGGACCCGGGUAUCAGCAGCACGCAGCCUGAGGGCUCAUACUGGCCAUUCGAUGAAGGACUGAAGAGAGGAAUUUUUAUUAAAGAUGCUGAAGGAAAAACACUUAUUGGGAAGGUGUGGCCAGGUCUGACAGCGUAUCCUGAUUUCUCCGAUGAAGCGACGCAUGAAUGGUGGUACGACAACUUGCGGAGGUUCCAUGAGAAUGUGCCAUUUGAUGGGUUAUGGAUUGACAUGAAUGAGCCGUCAAACUUCCUGGAUGGAUCGACCAAUGGCUGCCCAUCAAGCCCUCUUGAAAAUCCUCCAUACACCCCAGGCGUACUUCAGGGUUUGCUGAGAGCUAAAACUCUGUGUGCCACGGCUCAACAGAAGCAGUCAAUACAUUACAACAUGCACAGUCUCUAUGGACUCAUGGAAGCAAAAGCCUCUGCAAGCGCUCUGAAGCGGAUCGUAGCCAAGAGACCUUUUGUGAUCUCUCGCUCCACCUUCCCCAGUCAAGGGAUGUACUCCGGUCACUGGCUGGGAGACAACAGGAGCCACUGGAAAGACCUUUACACGUCUAUAGCCGGUAUGUUGACGUUUAACCUUCUGGGCAUCCCGCUGGUGGGAGCAGACAUCUGUGGGUUCAGUGAGGAGCCGGAGGAGGAACUGUGCGUCCGCUGGACCCAGCUGGGAGCUUUCUACCCUUUCACGCGUAAUCACAACGCCCUGGACGUGAAGCCUCAGGACCCGACAGCGUUCAGCCCGCUGGCUCGUACGGCCAUGAAACAGGCUCUGCUGCUGCGCUAUUCUCUCUUCCCCGUCCUCUACACCCUCUUCCAUCACGCACAUGUGCACGGACACACUGUGGCACGACCGUUAAUGUUUGAGUUCCCGAACGAUGUAAAAACAUACGGGAAUGACAAACAGUUCCUAUGGGGGAAGAGUUUACUAGUGACACCAGUGUUGGAUAAGGGAGUCAAGAGUGUGGUUGGUUAUUUUCCAGAAGGUCUUUGGUACGACUACUACACGGGUGACGCUGUGCGCAGUAAAGGAGAAGAGCUCGAACUCCAAGCACCUCUGGAUAAGAUCAACCUCCAUCUGAGAGAGGGAUAUAUCAUACCAACACAGGCGCCCAACCUGACCCUGUGGGUGAGCAGCGGUCAGCCUCUCCAUCUGGUCACCGCUCUGUCCGACGACGGCUCGGCCUGUGGAGAUCUGUUCUGGGACGACGGGGAGACCAUCGACACCUACGAGACCGAACAGUACGCCUACAUCGUCUUCAGCGUCGCUCAGAAGGUGAUGACUUCUCAAGUGCUCCAUAACAACACGGAGGCGACGUACAUCACGGUGGAGUCCGCGUUGUUCUACGGCGUGAAGGAGAAGCCGAGCAGGGUGCUGGUGAACUCCCAGGAUGCAACAUUCACCUACAGAGACAACCAGCAGGUGUUAACAGUCACAGAUCUGGGUCUCAACCUCAGUGUGAACUUCACCAUCAGCUGGAUGUAAAGAACUGACCUGUUUGCUGUUUAAGUCACAAGCUGACACGGUCUGUAAGUAUUAGGACCGAAGUGUUUCUCAUUGUCAUGGCUCUUUACUCCAGAGCAACUCAUGUUUAUUAUGCUGAUUUUUAAAGGGGGGCGCGUUUCAUUUCGCAGCCUGGUUGAACCAUAGACUGUAUAUAAAUAUGGACGAUGUGUCCCUGCUUCCUUGCGUUGGUCAAACCGACGCUAUGUUCCUGUGACUUUGGAGCCAGAGUCUGGGCGGUACGAUCUGAGAGUGAAGUCACGUGAAGCCGCGAUAUCAAUGACUCACUCACAUUUUUGUUUAAUUAAUAUUACUCAAUGUUUACACCAGUUAAAAGGAAAUGUUGGACUAUACACUGUGCUUAUCUUCAAAAUUCAGUUUCAAUUGUUAACUCUCACUCACAGGACAGCUUUAGGAGGCGGUUGGCAUGGCAACUGGUGGUGCCUUUAUGUCACAUCCCAUUUCUAUAUCAUCAAACAACUAAACUUAUCCAAAGAAGUGACAUUUGAAAAUUCAUCAACAUUAUAUUAACUGCCUAAAAUAACUGACAUUCGAUAUGUAUUUUACUGUUUUAGUUUGACCCAUUUAAUCCCAUCCACUAACAUGGGAAGGGGUGGUCCAUAUUUAUUCAGUCUACGGUUUGAACGUGUCCAACGGGGACACGUCUUAGCGACAGGCCGGGGAGUUAAAACACUGGAGGUUCAGAUUUUCACAACGUGUUUCCGUCUCCGUUUUUUUAAUAAUAUUUCACAUGCGUGUUGGGUGUCGCGCUCGUAUGUCUUCGUCACUCUUCCACCGCAAAAAAGCUACAGUCGCUGAUUAAACUGAAGCCGAGUUUCACAUGUAACGUUUCGGAGUACAGAGCCAAUGAAAGCUGUCGGUCGGGCUUUAGUGAAAGUGAAUGUAUUCGGGAGCGGGCGAGCUCUAAACCAGCUUUGUGCAGUUCAAACAGAAAAAAAAAAAAAAAAAAAGAUCUUUGUGUACAGAACAAACAUACAUUCAUCAGCUUGGAGAAUUACCAUCACUGACCUGCAGUAGCUUAGCCGCUGCUUUAAUGUGUGGACAUGCAAUAAUCGCUGUCAUGUCACUUGAUCUGAUUCAGACGUAAAGAUUUUAUUUUUUUAACCAAAACUACAUUUUAAACAUCAGCAGAAAGAACAAGUGCAAUAAGUGAAAAUGAACACGGGGCUUUGUGACUGCAGUCCGUACGUGGUUCGUGGUGUAACAGACUUCAAGUGCUUGAACGUUGUUUACUGCCUAUUUUGCACUAAUUUGUCCUGCAGUGUGGUGAAGGUAGAUAGAGGUGCCUUACGAUUCCUCUUGUUGAAGACCGUAGUGCUGUUAAUGUACGACAGCUACUCAAACUGCUAAAUUAUACUAGAGCCAUGUGCUCUACAGUCAUUUUCCAGUCGUGUCCCUUGUCUCAGCGAGAGGUUCUGGCGGAGGAGGACGACACCUAAAGCCAGAAAAUGUAUCUGAGAUAGGCGAGUAUUCAACAGUCGUUCAGCUGAAAUUGGACCUUGAUGCUGUGAAAGUCUGAAUGUAGAGGUUUUGUAUGAAAAAGGCUGCGCCCUAUGCAACUUUGGAAGACGUUUUGUUGAAGAAGUAACGCACGCAUAUCGGCCGCAAAGUCCCAAAGUUUUAUCCUUUUCGUUUCUGUGUUUCCAGCAUGUGAAGACGUUUGUGUUGGCGGUAACUUAUCAUGAAGCCUAGUGUCACUGCUUAAAUUGAAUUGCACAAACCGCGAUAGCUCUUGCAAUUUCGAGGAAAAAAGUAAAGAAAAGAAAAUAUUUUAUUUCAGAUAUUUUGUGCAAAUGUGUAAUCCUGAGGCCGUCUGUUGGCCGCGAACUUAUGAAUGAAACUUAUUUUUCGCUUCCCGCUGAAGUGCCGGAGUACAUGCGUUCGCCUCUAGACGGCAGAGUUUGUUGUGCUGUGACGAUUGUUGGUUGCAUUUUACAGAAUAAGAUGUGUGUUCAUUUCCCACAUGGUGAUUUACUGCCAUAUUUUGUAUAUUUGCUUUUUUAUUUUUUUUGUUUUGUUUUCUUGCUGAAAACCAGAUUUUAGUUUGGGAAGAAAAAAAAUGUGUAAUAAAUGCUCAUUCCUGUC